AGAGAAAAAGUUUCUUCAAGCUUUUUAUAAGACAUUAAAGUACUACUGAGACUACUUUUAGAAGUUUUAAAUACAAUGGGUUUUAUUUUUAGACAAAGUGGUGCUCUUGGAUCACGUCUGACAGGCGCUGGAUGGGGUGGUUGUGCUGUUUCACUUGUACGACAAGAAAAUCUUCAUGAGUUUAUUGCAAAUGUACGCGAUAAGUUUUAUAUUAAUAGUAAAGAUACAAAGCGAGUUAAUAAGGCUGAUCAAAGUAUUUUUCCAACAUUACCUGGAUGUGGAAUUUAUGCCUCACGAUUAUAA